AUGGACCAACCCAAGUCCACAGUAUCAGAGCUGGAAGAGGCGAAGUCAGGUCCCCUCGACCGACAUUACGACCUUGAACAUCAACAGAAGUUGACACGGAGGGUAUUGUGGAAGUUGGAUAUACAUAUUCUUCCUAUCCUAGCCCUGCUUUUCCUCAUGUCAUUUUUAGACAGGACCAAUGUCGGUAAUGCGAAGAUUCUCGGCUUGGAAGCGGACCUUUCUAUCACAGACCAUCAGUAUGAUAUCGGCCUGGCUGUGUUCUAUCUCACCUAUAUUUGCAGCGAACUGCCGAGUAAUCUAGUACUCAAAAAAGCAUCGCCGAAGAUUUGGCUGCCGUUCCUGACGGCUAUUUGGGGUAUCAUUACCAUGUGCCUAGGAUUUGUACAGAAUUUUGCUGGUUUUGUCGUCGUUCGGGCUUUGCUGGGUAUCGCGGAGGGAGGUCUUCUCCCUGGCAUGGUUUUAUAUCUAUCUUCUUUCUAUCGACGAGGCGAUUUGGCUCUGCGGAUCGGCUUGUUCUACACAGCUGCUUCCCUGUCGGGCGCAUUUGGAGGACUUCUCGCUCGUGGACUAGCCGAAAUCGGUCCUCGAGGAGGCAUACAAGGUUGGCGCUGGAUUUUGAUUAUCGAGGGACUUUUGACGUUUGUCUCCGGGGUGUCGAGUUUCUUCGUUCUUCCAAAUAGCUUGGAAUCUGCAUCUUUUUUAACUGCAGAGGAAAAGGAAUUCGGAGGUAAAAGGCUAAUGCUUGAUAAUCCCGGGUCACUAGAAGGAUCCUCGGAGGCAGAAUCGUUCAGAUGGUCCGAAGUCCGUCGAGGUGUGCUAGAUCUACAAGUGUGGCUCUCUGCCUCGGCGUACUUUGCCAUUCUCUCUGGGCUAUACUCCUUUGGCUUGUUUCUGCCAACAAUUAUCAAAAACCUCGGUUUUGCCAAAGAUGCCAACGAGGUUCAGUUGUGGUCUGUGAUACCUUAUGCUGUCGCAGCCGUAAUUACAGUCGUUGUCGCCAUCAUCUCUGAUCGUCUCCGUCUGCGAGGCGUGGUGAUGCUCUUCACCCUCCCAAUCGCCAUCAUUGGAUAUGCAGCCAUCGCCAACAUUAACUCCCCUCGCGUUCAAUACGGCAUGACCUUCCUCAUGGCAACUGGCCAAUACGCUAGUGUGCCGUGCAUCUUGGUGUGGUUGUCGAACAACUCUGCGGGACAUUACAAAAGAGCCACUACAUCGGCGCUGCAGCUGGCAAUUGCAAAUGCUGGAGGAUUCGUUUCGACUUUCAACUAUCCAUCUAGAGAUGGACCCCUCUUCCACCGUGGACAUACCAUUAUCCUUGGUUUGUUGGUGUUUGCAUGGUUUAUGAUCCUGUUUAAUGUGCUCUACUGUGCAAAGAUCAAUCGAGACAAAAGGCAGGGUAAGUAUGAUCAAUACGCAGGGUAUAAUGAUGAUCGUAACCCGGAGUUCAUGAUGGUUCUAUGA